CUCAAAUUGGAUUGCCAUAAUCGCUGGCUGUCUUGUUUCGGAGCUGCCUAAGAUCAUUGUUUUUCUCUCUUGCAUUUCCUCUCUUCUCUGUCCUCUCUCCUCUCUCUCUCUCAUGGCUUGGCUUCUGUCUCUCUGCGCUGCAUUCACUUCUUCAUUCUCGUCUACCGUUUAAUAAUAAUAUAUAAAUAAUCUCAACAUAUUUAUUAUCAUAUUCCGUUCCUGCGUUCGUUCCAUACAAUACAAUACAUACCUUGUUGUUGUAAAUGGCGAAUGCAUCUGGUUUCUUCACUCCUUCGGUUCCCUACUUUAGAGUAAGGGUUCGCCCUUUCACUUCCAUUCAUCGAUUUGAAGCAUUCUCCGCCAAAGUUGUUUGCUUUGGAACCAUCGAAGGAGCUGAAAAACAUGCUUCCACUGUUUCCCCUUCCCAAUCUCGCGCACCCAGGCUUGUUAGUAAAGGCUGCAAGUUAGUUGGAUGUGGCUCUGCUGUGCCAACUCUUCAGAUUUCUAAUGAUGACCUUUCAAAAAUGGUUGAUACUUCUGAUGAAUGGAUAUCUGUUCGCACUGGGAUUCGUAGACGACGAGUUCUUUCAGGCAGAGAUAACUUGACAACUUUAGCAGUAGAGGCAGCUAGGAAAGCUCUUGAGAUGGCAAAGGUAGAGCCUGAUGAUCUUGACCUAAUAUUGAUGUGCACAUCUACACCAGAGGAUCUUUUUGGUAGUGCUCCGCAGAUUCAAAGACAACUUGGCUGCAAAACAAAUCCAUUGUCUUAUGACAUUACAGCUGCAUGUAGUGGAUUUGUGUUGGGUUUAAUAUCAGCUUCCUGUCAUAUUAGGGGGGGUGGAUUUCAUAAUGUUCUAGUUAUUGGGGCUGAUGCUCUUUCACGAUAUGUUGAUUGGACGGACAGAGGCACCUGUAUUCUCUUUGGGGAUGCCGCUGGUGCUGUACUAGUACAGGCCUGCAACAGUGAGGAAGAUGGUUUAUUUGGUUUUGAUUUACAUAGCGAUGGCAGUGGUCAAAGGCAUUUGAAUGCUGUCAUUAAAGAAGAUGAGUCAAAUAGUGCAUUGGAUUCAAAUGGUUCUGUGUUUGGCUUUCCUCCUAAGCAGUCCUCAUAUUCCUGCAUUCAAAUGAAUGGCAAAGAAGUUUUCCGCUUUGCUGUACGAUGUGUGCCACAGUCAAUUGAAUCUGCCCUUCAAAAGGCUGGUCUCCCUGCAUCUAGCAUUGAUUGGUUACUUCUCCAUCAGGCAAACCAAAGGAUUAUUGAUGCAGUUGCCACUCGGUUAGAACUUCCCUCAGAACGGGUGAUAUCAAAUUUGGCUAAUUAUGGAAACACAAGUGCAGCUUCCAUUCCCUUGGCUUUAGAUGAAGCAGUUCGAAGCGGUAAGGUUAAAGCAGGCCAAACUAUUGCAACUGCUGGUUUUGGCGCGGGUCUCACGUGGGGUUCAGCAAUUGUUCGUUGGGGCUGAGUGCUUCUUUCACAGCAGGAUAGCAAAUAGAGAAGAAUUUGAGGUGCAAGUGCAGCUGUCCAAAAACCCCACUUUCUCACACAUUUGUAGAAGAAUGGAUUUGGGGAGUUUGCAGAAGGAUAACAACUCCCUCGGCUUGUCCCUUUCUUUUUGUCUUGGGUUUACAUUAUCCUUAGUCUUCUUUCUCAAGUACCAUAUUCUCUUUUUUCCGAGGCAUGUAGUUGUCAUUCAGAUUUAUUUUAAACGAGGCUCUUACUAUUUAUGUUUCUCAAUGGUACUUGUAAAUAAAAAUGCAGCAUGCCAAGUGUCUGCUUCUUGUACUCUAAACAACCUUCACAACAACAAGAGACGACUUAAUUUCAACUACUUUUUUUAUUAUUAUUAUUU